GUAAUCCAUCCGUUCCAUUCCUCCAUAAUCCAACAACCAAACCUGCAUCUCGGGUCCCGCUUCCAUCCUACACCUUCCCAAUCCGUCCAAAAUUGGGCGCAAAUACCGUCGAGGUCUAGAAACGCAGGAGAAAACAUGACGCAGAUUGUCAAAGUCGCUGUUAUACAGUUGUAUCCAAAGCCUUUACAACUUGAACACAACUUCAAUAAGGCGGCGAAUUUUGUGAGGAGUGCGGCGGCUCAGGGGGCAGAGUUGGCGGUGUUGCCUGAAUACCACCUCACCAACUGGAAACCCAAGGAGCCUGGUUUCGCCGAGUUAUGCACGCAAUGGGAGCUCUACCUCAACAAGUAUAAAGCACUUGCCAAAGAGUGCGGCAUCUGCAUCGUUCCCGGAACCAUCGUAGAGAGCCAUCCGGAUGAGGACAAGGAAGAAAAUCGACUCUUGAACGUUGCGUACUUUAUAGAUCACCAAGGUGAGGUGGUAGGGAAAUACGUCAAGAAGAAUUUAUGGGGACCAGAGCGCGAUCACCUGACCGCGUCUACACGCCACGAGAUACACGAAGUCUUCGACACGCCCAUUGGUAAAGUCGGUCUGCUCAUUUGUUGGGAUUUAGCUUUCCCAGAAGCCUUCCGCGAACUCAUUGCCCAAGGCGCAAAAAUCAUCAUCAUACCUACUUUCUGGACCCUCAAUGACUGCAACGAGGCUGGGUUGAAGAUCAAUCCAUCUGCGGAGGCGCUGUUUCUGGAUUCCAUGCUUACUGCGCGGGCAUUUGAGAAUACUUGUGCAAUUGUUUUCUCAAAUGCUGGCGGCCCUCCUGGACGCGGCUAUGCAGGCCUCUCGCAGGUAACAGCGCCUUUCAUUGGUGCGCUCACGCGCAUGGGCAGCUGUACUGAGGGAAUGAUUGUUGUCGACUUGGAUAUGCAGAUCCUUGAAGAUGCGGAGGCGAAUUACCAGGUCAGAGCUGAUCUGGCGAGUGAGGAUUGGCAUUAUGAUUAUCGGCAUACGAGGAGAGGUGUUGGGAGAGGGGAGGUGAGAAGUGGGAGUAGGGAGGAUGAAGAUGGAGCUAGGACGAGGGAGAAGGAGAAGUUGUGA